CUUCUUAAAUAUUCGCGUGAAAACUUAGAAUGAAAUCCCUCCUCAGAAAUUUGAUGCUGUUCCUUGCAUCAAUUUUUACAUCGACCUUCAUUCUCCCACUUGUUAUCCUCCUUGUCAUAUUUCCACUAAUACUGUACAGAAAACUCAUCUUAUCCCUGGCCUCGUACAAGACAGAUCUCUACCGUCACCUAAAUGUCUCGAGCAGUGUCUUUUCUUGGGAUGACAUGUACCGAAGGCCGACAUGCUCGAUCUGUUUGGCGCUCUAUUUAAAAAAUAAGCACGACAUAAAUCAAGUAAUUGGCAGGUUGGAGUCAAUCGUAGAAAAAUAUCCCGAACUAUCCUGCACUUUACACCGCUGGAUGGGAACCAUCUUCUGGAAGAAAUCCCCAACCUUCCAACUUUCCCGCCAUCUCACCAUCAAUGAGGAAUCCGACCCAGAAAAAAUCACCCACUACUUGGACACCCUCCCUGAAAAACCGUACCGAAAAGACGCCCCCUUGUGGGAAUUCGUGUCACUGCCAAAUUAUGAAAAUGGCACCAAGUCUGCCCUGAUUUUGCGCCUCCACCACUCCCUUGGCGACGGGUUGGCCUGCAUCUCAGUUUUGAGCGACUUCUGCGACAAUAAGGGGGGUCACACCGUAUUGGAAAAUAUUAAGGGAAAAUUCCACAAGAAAAAACCACCAUCUUGGCCGCGAAGAUUUUUGAAUUUCCUCCAACUAAUCUUCAUCACUCCGACGGAAUUUGCGUACCUUUUGCUGAAAGGGAUUGAUUCGAAUCCCCUCACGAUUCAGGUACCUGACCGGAGUGGGGAAAUGUCAUAA